AUGGCUCGGAAAAAACUGCACAAGUCCAACAAAGAACGCCAAGAAGCUGCUAAGGGAUACAGAAAGGUGUAUUAUGAGAGAAACAAAGUCGCCAUCUUGAAAAAGAUGAAAUUAAAGUAUCAUGAUAGUACAUCGAAGCAUCCGCAGCAUCCAAGGUAUCUACGCACAACCCUUCAGAACUCCGAGUCAAACGAUACAGGAGACAGCGGCGAUACAGGAGCCAGCGACCUCACUACUAGAUUAUCUGAACCGCAGAUUAAAUUCCAUAGGCUUGUCAAUGGGUCCACCCAUAAGUUCUUGGAUGACCUGGUGUUGCAGUAUACGGGUAGCACUCGUUCCGAAGACUCACGGCGGCCUAUUCUGGAUGCACUUGAUAUCGCUCAAGAGGCCGAAGAAGCAGUUACAAGAAGUGGAGAUGAUGGCGUCAAAACGUUAAAUCCCCAUCACGAAAUUCAAAGAGAGCGAAAGAUGGUUGCUAGUGAAUGGACAUCUAAGGAGCAGAAGGAGUGGUUAACGGCACAGCUUCCCGGGUAUCAAAAGUGCUCGACUAAAUCUAGCUAUGCAAAGUUCUGGCCCCCCAUCUAUGAGCAAUGGGAGCAGCAAUGGCCCAUAUAUAAAGAGCUCUGGCCAGAACUUCCCGAUGAGGAUGGUCUGAAUGCCGUACAAUCGGCAGCAAAGGGGAAGGCAGUAAAGAGGCGUCAGAAGCAACUGCGCACCUGGAUGUCGUGGCAUUCGGGUAAUUCCGCAUCUCGCAAAGGCAGAGUGGCGCAAUCUUCCACACGGGCCACUCGUUUACUCAAGGACCUCCUCCAGCCUCGUGGUGCAAGAGCUCUGAGCGAGGCCGAAAUGUACUCCCGACUAUAUUAUAAAACCAAUAUCCGUCCAACUGUCGAAGCUGCAGUUAGCGAACGUGGCUCCACAACAGAGAGGAAAUCGAGGAAGGCGAAUACUGAUGCAGAUGAUGAAGACGCCGAGGCUCUGGAGGACGAAGAUGAAGAGGAGCAAUCACCAACCACCGAGGAUAUGCUUGAAGCACAGGAAAACUUACCUGCUAUCUUCAACACAAUCCUCACGUACCUCGAGCACCAAACUGGGUUUUCGUUCUUGGUGUUAAUGGGUGGGCCAGAUCCCUCGAACAACAACAAAAUCUCUGUCGCAUCGGUUGACGUCGGUACCACCAAGCUGGGACAUUCAGCCCCGCAAUUAUUGCCUGACUUCAAGGAACACUUUCUUGGAACGUAUCUGAAAUUCCUUCAAGGUGUACAAGGCUAUUCCUCCCCCGAACCUGAGAUGAAAGGCGAUGCCAAAAGAGCGGUAGCUGCGGACAACGGAGAGGCCGGGGAUGGAGACCAGACGGACCUUGAAGAUCAAGACGAAGUAGAUGCUGACCCUUUCACAGAUGAGCCGGAGGAGGAAAUAGAGGUGUCGCAGAGUGAGGGGAAUGUUUUGGACGGGAGGGAGGAACGUCAAGAGCAGAUUCUCGAUAUUUAUUCGCCUAACUAUGCUAUGCCCAUGCAUGACAAUCCGACUCAGAAGCCUGACACCAUGCAUGACUCAUUGCAGCCCAUCAACAUGCAUGGCCUCCAGCAACCCAUCAACAUGCAUGGCCUCCAGCAGCCUGAGGGUCAGGCAAAUCUCGCCAUGCAUGAUGCCAACUCAUCAUACUUCGCCAACUCUACCAACUUCAGCAAUGAUGGUCACUCUGCGGAUCUCGGUCAACUGCUCAGCAAUCCUCAAUUGUGGACUUUCGCCCCUCCACCAAUCUAUGAUCCGCUUCAAAAUUUCAACAGUUUCAACCAUUUCAACCCAGUCCCUAGCUACCCCUACCCCCAGCCUAUGGGCUAUCCCCAGCCUUCGAACUACCAGCCUUCAAACUUCCCCCAGCCUGCGAGCUACCUCCAGCAAUCCAGUGGCCAUCUGAGCCAUGCUUUACCACCGUCACCACCUGCCACCGACAAUUCUCCUUCGUCUUCUUCAGACGGCUCACCACCACUACGGCCUACCACCGCUGCCACCUGUUCCACACCGUCUGUUUCAGACGGUUUACCACCGCUGCCACCCGUUCCCACUCCGUCUCCUUCGGUCACCUUACCACCACUGCCACCCGUGCCCACAGGCGAUCCUCCCUCGGUUCCAGCAGGCCUUCCUCAGAAGGCAGCAGGUGGUAAAGCUAAACGCGCAGCUUCUACCAGCCAGCCCGAACCCACUACUCGCAAGUCCAGACGUCCACCGAAACCAUCUACUCGCAACGAAACCGCUAAUGCCAUUGGCGCUAAUGCCCUCAGCGAAAUGCGGGAGAAGGAAAAUACGGCCACCGUGGGGGGAAAAAAGGUCCGUAAACACGGACUGGAAGCAGGUGGAGAGCCUAUUGCUAAGUACUGCGUACGCUUCAUCGGAAAUAAUGGCCACUGA